GCGUCUUCCUCUCUUCUGCGCUUCCCCAGCAGCCUCGGGCUCCGGCUCCGGCUCCCGCACGGGCUCGAGCCUCGGGUUCUGACUGGGCGAAGGUCCGGGUGGGCUCCGGACGCGGCCGCGGGCCCCGCUUUGGCUCCCUGGCUUCGGGCCGUCCGGCCCCGCCGACGCCAUGGCCCGAGCGGCCCCGCGGGGAGAGCCCCCGAGCGGGACAGGGUUGGCCCGGGAGCCCGGGCCGCCGGCUCCCGCGGCCGCCGCCGCCGCCGGUCGAGCCCCAGGGCCCGGCGCUGAGGAGCUGGGCGAACGGGAGGAGGGGCCGGGCCGAGCUCAGGCCCCGCCGCCGCUGCGGCCCUCGGGGGGACCCCGGCGCGUGCUCUUUGCGGACGAGGCCCUGGGACUACCCCUGGCCCAGCUGAGGCGCUACCAGCCCUGGGGCUGUGCGGGGCUCGGGGCAGGGCCGGACGAGGACGACGAAGACGAGUCUCCUCCCGAGCUGGGCCUGAGCGGGAGCCCCCCCGGAGCGGGACCCGGGCCUCCCUUCUAUCUGCUGCCCGGCUUCGUGCUGCCCCCGGCCCCGGGCAGGCUGGAGCGCCUUCGGGGCUCCAUGGUGGAGCUGGAGGACCUGCUGCCUCCAGAGGAUCCCGGGAUGCCGGGCCGGGCGCCGGUUCUGCGAGGCCUGAUCCGAGUCCUCAACCUCUCUUACCACAAGGCCGUGCACGUGCGGGCCACCCACGAUGGCUGGCUGACCUUCCAAGACCACCCUGCCCACUAUGUCCCGGGGGGGAGCAGCUCCCCCGAGGAUGGGGGGCAGACUGACCGCUUCGCCUUCCAGCUGCCCUUCGAACCCCCUAGCGUGGGUGCCCAGGUGCGGGAUGGGGCCCGUAUUGACUUCGUGGUAAGGUACCAGACACCCGAGGCCACCUAUUGGGCCAACAAUCAGGGCAAGAACUAUACGGUGGUGCUGAAGGAGACGGCUGGCCGGGCCAAGGGGCCGGGCCUCCCCGGACCUCCCGGGCCCCUGUUGCACCCCCCUCCGCCCCCAACGAAGCACCUUUUUUGGGAGGUUGAGACGAAACAGCUGAAGAGCUGUAUGAAACCUGUCAGACACAGGCAGGCUGAGGAGGAACCCAGAAGAGAGACCGUACAUGACUCUGUCUCUUCAGUGGAAUGUUCUGAUGACGGGGACAGGGGGUCAGAGAGCAUAUUAGUAACAUCUUUACCACUCCAGCCAGGGCCACAAAUAAUACAGAGGAGAAAUUGCAGCCUCGAAGGUUGUGGGGACUUGCCCAGCAGCCCAGCAGCCCAGCAGCCCAGCAGCCCAGCAUCUGAGGGGCCAUUUGAACCUUGCUCUUCAGGACUCCAGGUCUCCGAUGUCAUGGUGACUAGCUCUUCAGAAAACAACGAAUCUCGCCUGUAUCUGCCUGAGACCUUCCCUGAGUACCCACAGUCCCCUACCAUCGAAAUCCACCCUUCUGUGCCGAGUGUGAUACCUGAGCAGGGAAGAACCCUGGGAAUCCCUCUGUUGGGAGCUCAGGAAGAGGGUCUGUCGGAGUCGGUGAGUCCUCUGGGUGAGCGGGCUUCUGACAACUGCCCUGGAAAGUACGCGGACUUGUUUAGAUCAGAUGAAGUCCAGACAGAGGACUCUGUGGACUUGGAAUUAGAACAACUCUACCUCACGCACCUGAGCCGCUUGAGAGCCGCGGAGGUGGCCGACGGGGAUUCCAGGGGGGUGCGUACAACUGACCAUGACCAAGACCUCUACCUGAAGUGGAUGGGUCCCGAGAGGGCGUUGAACAGCUCGCUGGCCGAGGAGAUCACCCUCCACUAUGCGAUGCAGAACGUGCAUGGUGUGAUGGAGUUCCUGGAAGAUGCCAAAGAAGAUGGCAGCAGCAGUGGCUGCGAUAUUGAAGAGCUGGGGACCUCCUCUGGGGCCGAGGAGGACGAUGACGAUGAUGAUGACGACGAUGACGAUGACUUCGUGGAAGGAGACACACUGAAAGAAUCCCCCCCUGGCAUUGUCACUGGCAUGUGGCUCGCAGGACAACAUCCAGGUUUCAUCUUGGUCAAGGAUGGGCUGAGUCAAGAUCUAGAAGAGGAGGAAGCGCAACAGGGGCCUAGUCAUUCGUGGUCCCAUUCCUGGGAAGCCCCUGAACAGGAACCAGUGGAUACAAAGAACGAAGGUGACCAGCUCGAUACCAUCAAGGCCGAUGGGCUAUCUUCCCACUUCGAGGAAAGCAACAAUCUCCCGCCCGACAACAACCCGGAACAGAAGCCUGCAGGCGCUGCCCAAGAGGGAGGCUCCGGGGAAUUCCCAGGCCUGGCAUUGCAGACAGCGGUCAGCCAGUCUCUGUGCGUGCUGGGUUUGUUGGUCUUCCUGCCUAUUGUGUGGAAUGCUUGUAUGGCCUUCAUGGGUUUGGCCUUUUAUCUCUCUCUGACCUGGUUCUCUUAGGCGGCUAAUGGUCUAGUAGGGGGAGAAACAAUGUGAAGGCCCAGCAAUAAGAACCACCGAAACUCCGUGUGGCUCCAGACUUCGGGAACUGUGCACCCUGUGGGAAGGUAGUAGAGGAAAUGGGAAAAGGCAGGCAGAUUCUCAGAGCUUUUGACCAUCCAGGCCCCAUUUGGGCCCACAUAUGCAGAUAGACACGGGCCCCUCAAAUACACACAUUCACAUAGAUCCAGCUGGAUACCCGUACACACGCAUGUGCGCACAACACCCCCAGGUAUGUGGCUAUUGGGGCGAGGGCAGGGAAAAGCGGCUCCCUGCCACGUCGGGAGGCCCCAGUUGGUCUCCUGCAGCCCCCAUGUUUCUAACUCGACGACUUCCAAGAACCACCAGGGGCUUUUUGCAGUGACUUGGUGGAUUCCUCCCCAGAGUCUCCAUCUUCCCAUUUCUGUGAUGGUUUGGAUGGCAGCUGAAAGGGCAAGUUGGACUUGGAAGUUUUUUUCCUUUUUCUUAAGUCUUCCAGGUGCCCAGUUUGCACCCAUAUUUGGGGCUGGUGGAGAAAUCCCACUUACAUUAGAGCUCACUCUUCUUGCCUCUGCCCUUUGGCAAUGAGCACAUGGACCAGGUCCCAGGCUUAAAGACCCUCGUGAGUGGUCACUUGGGACUGGCUCCACCAACUGUUUGCCAAGGUGAGUUAGAGGCUAAUUAGAGCCAGUGCUCUGGCACAGCCUGACCUUGACUUGAAGCAUUUCCUCUACGAUAUUCCCAACUAAUUGUCAUCCAUUCAGUGGAUCUGGCCCAGUUUGGCCCUCUCCCAUAUGGAUGGCCUCUGGAAAAUAGCUAUCUGCUCUUCCUUGAGCAUCCAAGGGGUCUGUUUCCGCAAGCCUGGGACACCUAGAGGCAAAAUCAGAAUUUUAACCAAAGGGAAGCAGAGUAAAUAGUGCCAUGUGAGAUAGUGAGGGGAAAGGACCCUGUCCCUAGAUUCCUCGAUGAGUCUGAGGGCUCCUUCUAAAUGGGCCCCGGAAGAGCUGGGCCAACCAGUUGUCCAAUGGAAGGACGAGAUCCUCUUUUCCUUGUGCUGAAACCUCAACUGUCUCAAUUCCAUGAAAGCUGGCCAGAGGAACCUCAGCUUGGGAUGAGUUCUACAUAGUCUUAAGGGAUGAAUCCUGAUUUACUUUCCCCCCCCCCCCC